AGCUUCAUUGUUCCAUAAUACUAGAGAGGGUGUUAACUACAAUUGUCUGGCUUCGAGUGAUAAAGUCACGAGAAGGUGGGAUCCAACUCAAAAUUAUCUUCUAUUUGUCGAUAUCCCACCAAUCCACUACACUUC